AGAACUAUUUACAUUGCUAAGUUAUUCAUCAGCACAAAACUACAGUGGCGAAGAGUUUAUAAAUAAUAUCAUCAGAAUGAACUAUGGUGAAAUUCAAAAUUAUUUUGAACAUUUUCAAUACCAAUGUAUAUUUGAACACCCCAUCACUCAAAACUAUGGAUGCGUAGGCUGGUUCAUAUUUAAUAAAAUUAAAAAAGCAAAGUUAUUCAGAGUAGAAACUGGCUCUAAAUUCUUUCAACAACUAUUAACAUUUUAUUCAAUUCUCGUUCAAAACAAUUCUUUCUCAAAUCCAAACUCAUUUGUAAAUAAUCAAAAAAUCGAAUAUUUUUUUAAAUGUUUAAUAAAAUUAAAAGAUAUUAAAAAAAUUUUGGAAAAUAUUAGAUUAUCAACCAAAGAUUUAACUCCAAUUAAAUUCACAUUAGAUAUACUUGAACAUCAUUAUCGAACCAAUGAUUCACCCAUAUUUUCAUUUUAUUUCGAAAUUUUAUCAGUGUCCGAAAUGUUUUACAGUAAAAUCAGUAAUGACAAGUUAUCAAUUGUAAAUAGACAUUUGGAUAUGGUAUUAUCCUCAAUCAAAGAUUAUCGUAAAAUAAUAACUGUACAUGAUAGAAAAAAUAUUCAUUUAGAUUAUAUAAAAAAACAAUUGUGGUCAUUACGUAACUUAACAGAUUUAAAUACAAUUGACUCAUAUUAUCAAUAAUAAUAAUAAUAAUAAUAAUAAUAAUAAUAAUAUUUAUUAAUAAAUAAUAAUCACAAUUUAACAAUUUAAAUAAAAAACAUUAUUUAUACCAAUUUUUUC